AUGAGCGUCAUUGAAAUAGAAACAUCAAUCUCAACUUCAACAAUAGUUUCUUCUAAUGAUCAUUCAUGUAAAUUAAUACAACAAAUUUCAAUAGCUGCAAAUAUCCCACCAGAAAUUUUUAUAAAAAUAUGUGAAUAUUUGCCACCAGCUGAUCUUUUGAGAUUAACAGGUGUUUGCAAAAGAUUUCAUAAUUUCUUGUGUUCGCCAGAAUCUCCAAUCACACAAGAUAUUUGGAGAAUUUCAAGAAUUCAAUUUCUACCUGGUCUUCAACUACCUCCUCCAAAAGGAAUGUAUGAAGAGGAAUAUGUUCGAUUUGGAAAUUUAUUAGCAAAAUGUCAGUAUUGUUAUACCAGAAAAGCUGUUAAAAUAUAUUGGCAAUUCUUAGUACGAUGUUGUCACGAAUGUUUGAUUAAAAACACUACUGCAAUUUCGUACAGCAAAGACCAUAAUUGGAUGAGUGAUAAUGUUCUUACUGGAUUGGUUUAUGUACGACACAAUAAUCAAGUUCUUUUUUGGACACCAGAUGUCAAAUCAUCAUUCAAAGAAUUUGAAGCAAUUAGUGGUAGUCAUUACAGUGAUUGGGUUGAAAAAAGAAAAGAAAGACGUAUUCGAAUUAUGGACGAUGCUACCCAACAACUCUUGGCACUGUUGGCUGUUGUUCCGACUGGCUUACUAGCGUUUUAUAUUUGGCUCCUUCAAAGUAGAAAAGGUACCCUAGAAAUCACAACCACCGAAUGUGCAUAUGAUAAGAGUCGAUUUGGUCACAUAUUGAAUUGGGAUAAACAUUGCUUAUACAUUCAUGGUCGUCCAACUAUAAUAGUCAGUGGAGAAUUUCAUUAUUGGCGUCUGCCUGAUAAGUCUCGUUGGGAAAGCAUUUUGAAAAAAUAUUGUGCUGGUGGUUUCAAUUGUAUUCGUAUAUAUUUCCAUUGGGGUUUUCACAGUCCUGACGAAGGAGUUUAUAAAUUUGACGAUAACAGAGAUGUCGAAUAUUUGUUAAAUCUAUGCGAGAAAUUGAAUUUGUAUGUUUUAGCUGCUCCUGGUCCUUAUAUUUGCGCAGAAACACAAGCUGGUGGAUUUCCAAUUUGGUUGGUGGAGAAAGCUGAUAAAUUGCGUCAUGUAAAAUUUACCACAUUUAAACAAUAUGAUGAAAACUUUUCAGAGUAUCAGCGUGAAUGGUUUGAAAAUAUUUUACCUAUACUGGCAAAACACCAAAUAACUGAAAAAUCAAAUGGUUGUAUUAUAGCUUUACAAGUCGAGAAUGAGUUGUUCGAGUUGGUUAAAAUUAUUCCAUUUGGUUUACAUGACGAACUUCGGUUCUUAUGUAAAGUGGCAAGAAAUUGUGGUAUAAGUGUACCAUUGUUUACAAAUGAUGGUGAUGAAUCUGGUUCUUUUAUUGCCAAACCUGAACUUGAUGCUAAGCCUUCAACUCAUUUUUUUAAUCGAAGGACUUUUGGUUUAGAUCUUUAUGGUUUUGAUAAAUAUAUUGUAUUUGUGCCACCAAGCGCGCCUGUACCUUGGACAUUUUAUGAUGAACAGGAUCCAAGUAAAUGGAAACAAUGGGAUCCUAAGGAUUUUAUGAAUUCAAUUGAUAAACUUGAAAAAACAAUUCGAGGCUUUGGCUAUGAUGCUAAACUUCAAGGUGGUUGGUUUACAAGUUAUAAAUUAAAACAUACAUUUGAUGAUGUCUAUAAUUUUUAUGGUGAUUUUUUUACAAGACUUGUAUAUGAAUCCGUCCUUGCGCAAGGAUCUACUAUUGCUAGUAUUUAUAUGACAUAUGGUGGAACUAAUUGGGGAACUUUAGGAGAUGUUGACGGGUGCACCUCAUAUGAUUAUUCUGCAUGUAUUCGUGAAUAUGGUUACAUGUCAUCACGUUUACACAAUUUGCGUUUAACAAUAUUAUUUGUGCGGAGCUUUUCUGAUCUGUUCUCAAGGACUGUGCUAGUUACAAAACCUAAUGUUUCUACAUCAAAUAAAAACAUCAUUAAUCUUCAACGAAGAUCAGAAAACAACAAUGGUGGUGACGGAGCGUUAUUCACAUUUGUCCGAAAUUUUAAUAAAUCUUGUCAAACAAAAUUUCAAUUAACCAUAAAUUAUUUGAAAAAAUCAGCACAGCAACAAGAAGAAGAGCAACAGAAAGAAAUAAAAAUCAUCAUGCAAUGUUAUUGUCAAUAUAAAACUUCAUUUAUUGCAUUGGGAAAUUAUUUAACCAGAAUAGGUGUAAAACUGAUAUUCUCAACCCUGCCAAUUUAUUUAAGGAUUAAUAUUCCACAAAAUCAAAGUUAUCAAGACCGCGGCGAAGUUUGGAUUCUUCCUAGUUGCGAAGUUGGUGAAUUGGCCUUUGAUGGUGAGAUAGUAAUUGAUGGAGGAAACAUCGAACCAACAAUUAAAAAACUUGAAGGAAACUCAAUUAAUGUCCUUUCUUUUGAUGGAAAAGUCGGCUAUGUGACAAUUAAGAAACCUGAUGAUGAAACAAAAAAACUAUAUUUAUUGAUAUUGGAUGAGAAUUGGGGAACUCAGUAUGUUUAUUACGACAAAGAAAAUUUGACAAUUGAGACAGAGUAUGUGGAAGAAGAUGAUGAAAUCACAAUUUUAUCAUUUUCAAGAAUUCCAUCUGAAAAUAUUGUAACUGGUCAAAAUAAAAUUUUUCCACUACCGUUUAUUUUUAAAAAACAAUUAAAAGCAGGAGCAAAAAUCACCGUAAAAUUGGAUUUGAGGCCACAACUUUUCAAUUGGGGCACACGAUUAACAAAUUUCAAGGAAUUUCAGUGGCGACCUAUUAAAGAUUUUAAAUCAGAUGGAAACAUUUUGAAGAAUUUUUAUACUUCAGGACAUAUAUUGUAUAGUACACAAUUUCCUAAUACAAGUUAUUCUAACAGAAGCAAAGUAAAGCUUUCUAUAAACAUGAGACAUAGAUGUACAAUUUUUGUUAACGGUAAAUUUGUUGGAGGCCAUACAACAUAUUCUAAACAGUUUUUUUUCCCAGGUGCAAAGACCGGGCCUGAAUUAUUGACAUCUUUGGGUGGAAAAAAUUACGAGAUCACAUCUUAUUUGCACAAAUCAUCAUCAUCGCUCUCAGUAGUGUUUAACGAUGCAUAUAAUCCAAGGGGUGUAAUCUCAUCAUCGAUAUCAGGAUUAAAAUCUACAAAGAUUCAAUGGUAUAUUUGUGGAGUUGAUGUUAGGAAAUUGGGUAAUGCAUAUAUAACGAGUGGAAUUCCUGAUGAAUUUGUUGAUGAUGAGGAGGCUGAAUGGAAACCUCUUUAUGAUGGUGUAAGAUGGUGGAAUUUCAAGUUUACUCAUCCAAUUCAAAAAAAAUUCCAAAAUAUAAUUAAAGCACCUUUAAGAUUGGUAUUGUUUGGUCGAUUUACAAGUUAUAUUUACUUGAAUGGGGUGUUGAUUGGUAGAUAUUAUGGUAAUGGGGAUUGCUCACAACAAAAUUUUUAUUUGAUGGAUGGAUUAUUAAAUCAUUCUGAUGAUAAUUUCAUCGAAAAUAAGCAAAGUUUUACUCAUGAAGAUAGUAAUGAUGACGAAGGCCAACAAAAAGUUGUAAAGAAAAAUAAUUCUAGCAAUAAUAGUGGUUUUAAUGAAAUUACUCUGAUGGUUUAUUCAUGGGAAAAUGUCAAUCCUGAAAAUAUUAAAGUUGAAAUUAGGGGAUGGGAAAUUGAUAAAUAUUCAGGAAAUCUAAUUAAAAAUACUAAAGAUGCUACUACCGAUAAACAAGUACCUAAUAACACAUCUGCACCACCACCACAAGAAAAUGCUAAUGGCGAUCCUAGUCAUCAGAAAGAAAAACUCCCUGUCCUAUCUAGAUCACAGAGAGCUGGUUUACAGGUAACAUGGAAAAAAACCUUAAUUACAUUACUCGGUCGAGAUUUUUUAUAA